AUGCGGAAAAAUGUUUACGCCAAUUACGCAUCAUUUAUACGGACAUCAAGAGAAAUCUCGGACUUGGAGGGGGAGCUAGUCUCCCUCAAAAACCUCCUCUCGUCCCGUGCCAACAUCAUUCACACCAUUGCGGACGGAGUCCAGAUCGAGACCCUCCACGAAGGGCCCCACCACUCACACGACGACCCCCUCGAACCCUUGGGCCCCACCACCGACCACUCCAACCCCCUCGUUGAGAACCUCGAGAUCCUGCUUGCCGAGCACCGCGUUGACGAGGCCCUAUCCGUCCUGGACGAGGCCGAGCGUGCAACGGACGACAAAUUCCUGACCCCCUCGGCCCUAUUGUCGUUGCAGAACACGAUCCUCGAGUACCGCCAGAGGCUGGCCGAUCAGUUGGCUGAGUCAACCUGCCAGGCCUCCACAACGGGACCCGAGCUCCGAUCCGCGGUCCAGGCAAUGAAGCGACUCGGGGACGGGCCCCGUGCGCACGCCCUUCUCCUUGGGUCCCGCCAGCGGAAGCUUCAACGGAGCAUGCAGCUGCUGCUGCAGCCAGGGUUGGGCCAUGGGGGGUCGUGCACAGCAGCCCUUGCCCACCUCGUCUUUUCGACCGUGGCCCAGGCGGCGAGCGACUCACUGGCCAUCUUCGACGACGAACCAGCGUACGCUUCGGAGCUUGUGACGUGGGCCGUGGGGCAGACUGAGGCACUGGCAGGUCUGGUUGGGAGGGUGGUGAUUGCGGGGCCCGCGGCGUCCGGGUGCCUGAGGGCAGUAGCGGAAUGUGUGCACGUGUGCCUUGGCCAUUGUGCGCUGCUGGAGGACCGUGGGCUUGCGCUGUGCCCGACGCUGCUGAAGGUCUUCAGGCCGUACCUGGACCAAGCCCUGGCUGCGGGCCUCAAGAGGAUUGAUCUGUGCACGGCUGCUGUUGCUGUGCUGGACGACUGGUUGCUGAGCUUCCCACCGGUGGGAAGCAGUGUGGCGUCGCAGCAGAAGCUGUCUAGCAGUGCUCAUAGGUUCAAUUUAAUGAUUCAGGAGCUCUGUGAAGACAUCGGCUCCCUAGACAUCAUGCAGCUAUCCGAGCAGGCCCUUGAGGGCAUCCUUCAAUCAUUCGGCUCCUAUAUCAGCACCAUGAUUAAUGCAUUCCCAGCCUCGUUUGAGACCGAGAAUCUGGAAGGUUCUGGAAGGAAAAUAGUCAAACUUGCUGAGACCGAGACCCAGCAGAUAGCCCUGCUAGCAAACGCGCUAUCCCUGGCGGACGAACUCCUGCCACGUGCGGCCACUAAGCUCUCAUCCUUCACCAGAAAUGACGAACAGGGACGUAGGUCUUUCGAAAGAAACAACCGCCCACCCGAGCAGAGGGAGCUUAAGAGAAGGCUUCAGAGGCUGGUGGACCAGCUGAGGGACAGCUUUUGCCGCCAGCAUGCGCUCGACCUCAUAUUCACCGAGGAUGGAGGGGUUCGUUUGAAUGCUGACAUGUAUUUGUGCAUGGAUGAUGGCAGAGGUGAGCCUGAGUGGUUCCCAUCUCCAGUUUUCCAGGAACUUUUUGUAAAAUUGACAAGAAUAGCCAGCAUUGCAUCUGAUAUUUUUGUCGGAAGGGAAAGGUUUGCCACCAUUCUCUUGAUGAGAUUAACAGAAACCGUUAUCUUAUGGUUUUCCGAAGAUCAGAACUUUUGGGAUGAGCUCGAAACGGGGGAGAGGACGUUAGGACCUCUCGGGCUUCAACAGUUCUAUUUGGAUAUGGAGUUCGUGAUACUUUUUGCAUCUCAAGGACGAUAUCUGUCUCGUAACCUGCAUCAAGUGAUGAAGAACAUAAUCGGUAGAGCUAUUGAAGCCGUCCAGGCGAAAAAUAUCGAUCCAUACAGUGUGUUGCCAGAGGAUGAAUGGUUUGCUGAUGUUGCUCAAAUCGCAAUCAAAAUGCUGAUGGGCCAUGCAGACUUUGAAAAUGCCGAGCGCGACAUGAACAGUCCUACGGCCUCAAUGUCGGCAAGAUCUGUGUCAUCGGCUCAUUCUCACGGGAGCUCAUAG